GUUCUGCCCUCACUCUCGUACAUAGGGUGUGAGCACAACAAACUGCCAAGAUGUCAGACAAAAAGAUGACAUCCAGUCGCCGGUAUAACUUGAAGAGCCUGCUGCUCUCCAUUGCUGCUGGCUUGCUGGAGGCUGAAGCCAAACAGCUUGUGGCAGAUAAGGAGUCUUACAUGAAUGAGCACUGCUCAUCACUGAACCUUCCUAACUCUGUGCAGGAGCUGCAGGACCUUUGCAAGAAGCUCCACCAGAACAUUGAAAAGGUUGAUGAGGAGAGAUAUGACUUGGAGGUCAAGGUUGCAAAGUCAAACAAAGAGAUUGAGGAUCUUAAAAUUAAGGUGAUUGAUCUGAUUGGCAAGUUCAAGAAGCCAGCUCUGAGGAAGGUGCGCAUGUCUGCUGAUCAGAUGCUUCAGGCUCUGCUCGGCUCUAAACACAAAGUGUCUCUGGACCUGAGGGCCAACCUGAAACAAGUGAAGAAGGAGGUCAAGGAGGAGUCUGCAGAACAAGUUGGCGACUGGCGUAAGAACAUUGAGGAUAAGGCUGGUAUGGACGGCAGGAAGAAGAUGUUUGAGUCCGAGGCUUAAGAGGGAAUAGUGAUUAUUGUCUGAAAGAUCUUAAUUUAUCUCUGGCAGUUGUUCUGUAAUCCCCCCCACAUACUGUUGUUUCAAUAAAGGUGGUUUACUGGUCAUUUUUCACAUUUGUUUUUACACGUCAUGUAUACGAUAUUAAAUACAGUGUAUACAGUGUACUGAAAUAUAUAUGUGCCCUUGUUUUUGCUCAUGCAUAAAGCAAAUAAAAAUGCUUUAAAAGAA